CCUGGAUCCGGUCACCCGGCCAUAAAGUCGCCCCAUAUGGCCAGGGGCGGCCCCACACCCAGGCACUUUGUCCUGAAGUCUCCAAGUCUCAGGCAUCAUUCCGCAGAGUGUCAUGCUCUUGGUUUGAGGGAUAAACCAGGCCUCCAGCCUAUAUCUCAGCAUGAAGGGUCCCAGCCUAGACCAGUGCCCAGUGGUCACAAUGAGUGCAUAGAUGUUGGGGGAACUGAACAUGACUGACUUAGAUCGCACAGAGCUUCUUCCACCUCCAGACAAAGUCCCUGGUGAAUUAGAUCCAGCCAGCACACUCAGGUGACUCACUAUCCCAAGUAGGAGGUAACUUUGGGGAGAAAGGUGUAUAGGAUCCAGCUCAGGGGCUGAGGGGUGCUAACUUUUUAUUUCAGUGUUAGUGGGGGUACAGUGAGCUCCCAAGAAAGCUGAAAUAAUGAAUGGGUGCGGGGUGGGGGAACUCUGAACUCCCUUCCUGAGUUCUGUCCCCAAAUUACUCCAACUCCCUCUUCCUCUAAUAACUUCCCUUCACCUAGGUUCCCGCCUCAUUAUACAGCCUUAUGGUCCUUAAACCAGCCGGUGCCGCACCGGCCCCUCAUUUCCCACACUCCCAGGCCAUUUCCACCUUUCCUCCUCCCCCUUGUGCCCCUCCCCUUUCCGGGAGCCUCGUGCCCGGGGUCGAGUCCUGUGGGAUCCUGAAGGGGCGGGCCCGGGUCCUAACCUCCCCCCUACUCGGGGCCUGCGAGAUAUAAGACUCAAGGAGAGAGGAGACUCGGUCCACACUAGGGUCCGGAGGAGCGAUGGUCACCCGGGAUCGAGCCGAGAAUAGGGACGGCCCCAAGAUGCUGAAGCCGCUUGUGGAGAAGCGGCGCCGGGACCGCAUCAACCGCAGCCUGGAAGAACUGAGGCUGCUGCUGCUGGAGCGGACCCGGGACCAGAACCUCCGGAACCCGAAGCUGGAGAAAGCAGAGAUACUGGAGUUCGCCGUGGGCUACUUGAGGGAGCGAAGCCGGGUGGAGCCCCCGGGGGUUCCCCGAUCCCCAGCCCAGGACGCCGAGGCGCUCGCCAGCUGCUACUUGUCGGGAUUCCGCGAGUGCCUGCUCCGCUUGGCGGCCUUCGCGCAAGACGCCAGCCCAGCCGCGCGCGCCCAGCUCUUCUCCGCGCUGCACGGUUACCUGCGCCCCAAGCCGCCCCGGCCGGAACCGGGAGAGCCCAGGCCCCCCGCGCCGCGCCUACCGCUGGACCCCGCCGCCCCAGCGCCCGGCCCCGCGCUCCACCAGCGCCCCCCAGUUCACAAGGGCCCCCCCAGCCCGCGCUGCGCGCGGUCCCCGUCCCCCUGCUCCCCUCGAGCCGGUGAUUCCGGCGCGCCGGCCCCCCUCACCGGACUGCUGCCGCCGCCGCCGCCUCACAGACAAGACGGGGAGCCCAAGGCCCCGCCGCCCCCGCCGCCCGCUUUCUGGAGACCUUGGCCCUGAGCUUUGAGGGGUGGGGUGGGGGCGGGGGCUGGGGGGAGGGGUAGAGACUCCAGCCCGAGGGCAGCGGAGGGACCCGGGCGUCCGGGUGAGGUGUUGGGGAGGGUGGCGGGGCGCGCGGGCGCCGCGCGCGGGUGAGAUGUGGUUUAUAUUAGAGUAUCUAUAUAAAUAUAUAUUUCCCUGGUUCCUGUCCCUUCUCCCUGCCCCCCACCCCCACCCCCGGCGUCUAGGAUUGUACCCUCUGCCCCCAGCCCAGCCCCAGUCCCUUCCCGAGUCCCUAGUGCAUGGAAUAAAGUGGUUAUCAAAUCCCCGUGUGUCCCCGAGCCAAGGGGCCUGCCUUUAUCUCGGCGUCCACGCCCACUUUCCCUCCCCUUCUGUUUCCCGCCCCCAGUCCUGCUCUCCUCGGCCCGAGCCCCGGGGCAGACAGGUAAGUAAAAAAAGAGAGCAGAGCGUAGGCUGAGGUGGGAACUGAAACCAGCUGGAAAACACUGAAAUAGGGUACGGGGAGAAGGGUGGGAGCCUUUUAAGAAAAAGCCGGAUAAAGAGGAAAAGAAAAAAACAAUGAAAUAAAAUCGACUCUGGUGGGAUUCGAACCCACAACCUUUGAAUCGCUCUUUCGUCACUAGAAGUCCAAUGCGCUAUCCAUUGCGCCACAGAGCCACCUGGCGGGCGGCAGCGUCCGACAGCUUACGGGUACUAGAAUGGGAAAAGGGCGGGGGGAGGGGGAGGGUUGUGAGGGAAUUGGGUGGGGCGUGACAGGAGCGCGCGGUUUGGACCUCAGAGGACUCCUUGGGAGAGGUAGCGUGCGCAAAGCGUGUGAGCGAAGUGGGAGUGAGGGCGCACAAGCGUGGAGGAAACAGCGCAACGGAAUAUGAGCCAGCGAGCGAGUGUGGAGCUCCAGCUGCAGGUUUGGGGAAUGCUUCUAGUUCAGGCGCACCCCACUCCCGGAUGUGGCCCCACCCGUAAGAAUAAACUGGUUUUGUUGUUAA